ACACGUGUGUCCUAAGCCUGGCACAUAAGAGAGAGGGAGAGAGAGGUGAGUCUAUUAAAUAUAGCACAGGGCACCGGGUUGGCAGCAAGGCAGAUCAACUCUCAGACCGAGCUUCUCUGAGCAGAACACACUUUUGGACUUUUAUGAGUUCCGGUAAGCCGCAGAAGCCAGUGCUGACAGGCCAGAGGUUCAAGACCAGAAAGAGGGAUGAAAAGGAGAAAUUUGAGCCGACCCUUUUCAGAGAUACUAUUGUCCAGGGCCUCAACGAAGCUGGCACUGACCUGGAGGCCGUGGCCCGGUUCCUGGACGUGUCCGGGUCACGCCUGGACUACCGGCGUUAUGCCGACACUCUGUUUGACGUCCUCAUCGCAGGGAGCAUGCUGGCCCCAGGAGGGACCCGCAUCCAUGAGGCCGACCAGAACAAGGUGACGGCCCACUGCGUCUUCACCAGUGAAGAGAAGCAUUCCUCCAUACGCCUCUACGCUCAGGUUUUCCAUAAACUCAUAAGGAGAUACAAAUACCUGGAGAAGGCCUUUGAAGAGGAAAUUAGGAAGCUGUUGCUCUUCCUCAAAGCCUUCACAGAGUCUGAGCAGAACAAGCUAGCCAUGUUGACGGGGGUGCUGUUGGCCAACAAUGAUCUCCCCCCGCCCAUCCUUGUUGGCUUGUUCAGCGAGGGAAUCGUCAAAGAAGGGAUCUCAGCAUGCUUCGCUGUGAAGAUGUUCAAGGCGUGGAUAGCAGAGAAAGACGCCAACUCAGUGACCAUGGCCUUGAGGAAGUCCAGCCUGGACAAGAGGCUCCUGGAGCUUUUCCCGGCCAACAAGCAGAGCGUGGAGCACUUCUCCAGGUACUUUGACCAGGCGGGGCUCAGCGAGCUGUCCGAGUUCCUCCGCACGCAGCGCUGCCUGGGCACGCGCAAGCAGCUGCAGAAGGAGCUGCAGGAGAAGCUUUCCCAGGACUGCCCCAUCCCAGAGAUCGUGGUGUACGUGAAGGAGGAGAUGAAGAGGAACGGGCUGCUGGAGCCGGCCGUGAUAGGCCUGCUCUGGGCCUGUCUGAUGAACGCCGUGGAGUGGAACAAGAAGGAGGAGCUGCUCACGGAGCAGGCGCUCAAACACCUGAAGCACUAUGCCCCCCUGCUGGCAGUGUUCAGUACUCAGGGCCAGUCAGAGUGGGUGCUGCUGCUCAAGGUGCAGGACUUCUGCUACGACAACAUCAACUUCAUGAAGGCCUUCGCCAAGAUAGUCGUACUCUUCUACAAAGCCGAUGUCCUGAGUGAGGAAGCCAUUCUGAAGUGGUACAAAGACGGCCACUCGUCAAAAGGAAAAAGCAUCUUCUUGGAACAGAUGAGGAAGUUUGUUGAGUGGCUGCAGAAUGCGGAAGAAGAAUCGGACUCUGAAGGGGAGGAGGCCAAGUGACAGAACAUGGCACCCAGGCGUUGGUUCCAAUAUGGUCUAUGAAGCCAGCUGGCCUGUAGAUUUCAUAUCGCACAC